AUGCGAGGCCGCAUCCAUCCCCAUCCCUUAUGGCUCUCUCUCUGUCUCCGCUGUAGGCUCAAGUGCCACAACAAAUGCACCAAAGAGGCCCCUCCGUGCCAUCUGCUGAUCAUCCACCGCGGAGGGAGACGAGCCGUGCGGGGCGAGGCAGAUUUGCAUUGCAAACCGCUUCCACCCACCCUCCCCCUGCCACCUUUUCUUUUCAGAUUCCCCACCGCACGGGCACGGUUGGUGCGGACCGAGUCGGUGCCCUGUGACAUCAACAACCCCCUGCGCAAGCCCCCGCGUUAUUCAGACCUGCAUGUCAGCCAGACACUCCCCAAAACCAACAAGCUCAACAAGGACCACAUCCCAGUGCCCUACCAGCCGGAUUCCAGCAGCAAUCCCUCCUCCACCACCUCCUCCACACCAUCCUCACCAGCCCCGCCGCUGCCACCCAGCGCCACGCCGCCGUCCCCGCUGCACCCAUCCCCGCAGUGCCCACGCCAGCAGAAGCAGUUCAACCUGCCAGCCUCCCAUUACUACAAGUACAAGCAGCAGUUCAUUUUCCCAGAUGUGGUACCUGAGACGCCAACCCGAGCCCCACAGGUGGUCUUGCACCCCGUCACAUCCAACCCCAUCCUGGAAGGAAAUCCAUUACUUCAAAUUGAAGUGGAGCCCACAUCAGAGAAUGAGGAAGGCACCGAGGAGGCUCAAGAGUCAGAGGAUGACUUUGAGGAGAUGAACCUCUCACUCCUCUCCACCCGCAACUUCCCCCGCAAAGCCAGCCAGACCAGCAUCUUCCUGCAGGAGUGGGACAUCCCCUUUGAGCAGCUGGAGAUUGGUGAGCUCAUUGGCAAGGGCCGCUUUGGGCAGGUCUUCCAUGGCCGCUGGCACGGAGAAGUGGCCAUCCGUCUCAUUGACAUCGAGCGGGACAACGAGGACCAGCUGAAGGCUUUCAAGAGGGAGGUGAUGGCGUACCGGCAGACGCGGCACGAGAACGUGGUGCUCUUCAUGGGAGCCUGCAUGAGCCCUCCUCACCUUGCCAUCAUCACCAGCUUGUGUAAAGGACGGACUCUCUACUCGGUGGUGAGAGACGCCAAAAUCGUCCUGGAUGUCAACAAGACGAGGCAGAUAGCACAGGAGAUUGUGAAGGGCAUGGGGUACCUGCAUGCCAAAGGGAUCCUCCACAAAGAUCUCAAGUCCAAAAAUGUUUUCUAUGACAACGGGAAGGUUGUGAUCACGGACUUCGGCCUCUUCAGCAUCUCAGGAGUUCUCCAGGCAGGCAGGAGGGAGAACAAACUGCGGAUCCAGAAUGGCUGGCUGUGCCACCUGGCCCCUGAGAUCAUCCGCCAGCUCUCGCCUGACACUGAGGAGGACAAGUUGCCCUUCUCCAAGCAUUCGGAUGUCUUUGCUCUGGGCACCAUCUGGUAUGAGCUGCAUGCACGAGAAUGGCCAUUCAAGACACAACCGGCAGAGGCGAUAAUAUGGCAGGUUGGGCGAGGGAUGAAGCCCAACCUCAGCCAGAUCGGGAUGGGCAAGGAGAUCUCGGACAUCCUGCUCUUCUGCUGGGCCUACGAGCAGGAGGAGCGGCCCACCUUCACCAAGCUCAUGGACAUGCUGGAGAAACUGCCAAAGCGCAACCGUCGCCUUUCCCACCCUGGGCACUUCUGGAAGUCAGCAGAGCUGUGACCAGAGGAGCUGAGGGAUGGUGCCUUCCUCCCCUGCGUUUCUCCUCUUCCUCUCUGCUCUCCUUCAUGUGCCAAGGAAGGAAGAGCAGUGGGCACUGUGGGAUGGACUGGGAUGGGAUAGAACCACCACAGCCUUUCCCUGCACUGAAGAGGAACUGAUGGGCAGAGAUGCAUGGGGACACCGUGGUGGCAGGCAGACAGCAGGGGCCGUGCUCACAUGGGGCUGCAGGGCUGCCGGUCCCAAGAUGUGCAAGGGCAGGUGGCUUCUGUUCAACCCCAGGGUUUCUCUGAUCCCAAUCAGUAUGGUCAGUGCUCACAGCGCUCUUUUGGGGUUUGUUUUUUUCAUUCUAGGGGAUUUUAUUUAAUUUCCUAGUGUUUUUAUUUUAAAAGUAGAAAACUAAGGAGGGAGUGCUGCUGAUCUGUGGGUUUGUGUCGCUGCUAUUAGCUGCUCCCCACAGGGAAAUGCACCCUCAGUGCCCUCUCCUAGGCCCCUCACCACGGCAAUGGUGACCUUUCACAAGUGGCUCUGUGCUCCUGGCUGUGACCAGGUCCUCCCCAGGCUGUUCCUCUGCAGGGCCCAGCUCCACUAGCUCAUCUCUGUGCCUGCCACGGAGCUCAUCUGCCACCCCUUCCAUCUUGCCUUUCUCUUUCUCUCCCACUGGUUAUAGCUGUGGUGCUCAUGUCUGUCAGAUGUUGUGGGCUGUGUUGGGUUUUAGGACUGGUGGAUGGAGCAAGGGGAGCAGUCUCUGGUUGUGCAGAGCCAGGGCCCCCCUCCCAGCCCCAUAGCCAUCCCCAUGCAUCCACAGCCAGAGCCGAUGUGCUGUGCUUUGGUGCUGCCAUCUGAGCACUUCAUACUGGUGUUUCCCUUUCCCUGAGCUCAUUCUACAUGAGCUAUCAUCACGGCAGUGGAGAGAAAAUUGUGUUUUCAGGAUCUUAUUGAGCAUAAUUGCUCAUUGGGAGCCAUCCUGAAUAAUUCAGCCAUGCUGUAAGUUGGCUUGAACUCAGAGAUGUUGCAAAGCGAUCGGCCUUGUAUGUCUCAAACUGUUGGUGUCUGAACCACUUUAUCCAAAAUGAACGAAGGUUAAAGCCCUCUGUUCAGCGCUGGGCAGAUCAUUAUAUGAGCAGAGAUCCUGAAGGUCCUUUCUAAGAAUGUCCUGGGAAGAGGUUUCUUUGUACAUGGCUCAGGGUGAUGCUUUUCAGGUCGUUUCUGUGCCACAUGGUUGCCUCCUGGCUGUUUGCACAAAGGAUGGAAUUUCUCAUCCCCUGCCCUCCCCAACAAACCCCAGUGCCCUGUCCUACCCCAACCUAAACAAUUCUCUCUCCAUUCUCUGUGUGUGUGCCAUAAACGUUGCACUAAACCUCA